GCGGCGGGGACGGCAGAGACGUGACGCGACCGGGGGUCCCGCCCCGGCGGUCCUGUCCGCGGCCGGCUCCUUCCUCCGUUGGCUCGCCCUGCUGUCGAUGGUGCGGUUGCCGACGGCGACCGCCGACUGCUGGCUCAUCGAAGGCGAGAAAGGCUUCGUGUGGCUCGCCAUCUGCAGCAUGAACCAGCCGCCGUACGAGGCCAUCCCCUCCCACAUCAACAGCACCAUCGUGGAUCUGAGGCUGAACGAGAACAAGAUCCGGUCGGUCCAUUAUUCUUCACUCAGUCGCUUUGGCAACCUCACCUACCUGAACCUCACCAAGAACGACAUCAGCUACGUGGAGGACGGGGCCUUCUCAGCACAGUUCAACCUGCAGGUCCUCCAGAUGGGUUUUAACAAGUUGCGGAACCUGACGGAGGGGAUGCUGCGCGGCCUGGGCAAGCUGCAGUACCUCUACCUGCAGGCCAACCUCAUCGAGACCGUCACGCCCAACACCUUCUGGGAAUGCCCCAACAUAGAGAACAUAGACCUCUCCAUGAACAGGAUCCAGGUGCUGGACGGCGGUUUGUUCUCUGGACUCUCCAAGCUGACCACGUGUGAACUUUACACCAACCCCUUCAACUGCUCCUGCGAGCUGCUGGCUUUCCUCCGCUGGCUCUCGGCCUUCCCCAACAGGACCAGCGAGCGGAUGGCGUGCGACUCGCCUCAGGGGUUCUUCGGCUACAACCUCCUGAGCCAGAACCCGCGCGCGGCGAGCCAGCGCAGCGCGCUGCACGUGCUGGGCCUCGUCUGCACGGACGACGGCAGCAGCGUGACGUCUUUCUACAUGAUCGGCACGGCCGACUCGCCCACCCCGCCCCCGGAUUUCGCCUCCCCCUGCGGGCUGGACGACUGUGCUUCGGGGACUCCUCCCGACGAGGUCAUCAACAUAAGCCCCAUUUUCUCCGACACCAAGCCGGUCAUGGUGCUGAAGCAGGUGCUGCAUUCCACGGCCGUGAUCACGGUUCAGAUUCCUCAGCCGUACAGGAAGAUGUACAGCCUGGUGCUCUACAACAACAGCUUCUACUUGGACAUACAGGUUCUGAAAAACCAAAGGGAAGAUAUCGAGCUGAACAACCUGAAGCCCAACACCGACUACACGUACUGCGUGGCUUCCAUAAGAAACUCCUUGCGCUUCAACCACACCUGUCUGACCAUCUCCACCGGACGCCGCGCCGGGGAAGAUACGACGGACAAUCAGUCGUCAGCCACCCACUACAUCAUGACCAUCCUGGGCUGCCUGUUCGUCAUGUUGCUCUUCCUCGGCCUGGUGGUCCACUGCCUGAGGAAGAAGAGGAUCAUGCAGGAGAAGGAGAGGAAGAUGAGCAGGAUCCAGAGGACCCUGAUAGAGCUCAAGUACGGCGGAGAAGGGGACAUAGAGGGAGGGAGCGGCGGAUCCGUGGCCCAGAAGCUCGGCGCCGGCGAGAGUCUGUCCAGGAUGCCUUACCUGCCCCAGGGUGGCGAGAUCGACCCGUACAAGCUGCAGGAGGUGGUAGAAACGCCGGCGCACAAGCCCGCCAAACUCAACUACAUGGAGGUGAGAGGGUCCGGCAUCGAAAGGGAGAGAGAGCGAGAGCGGGACAGGGACAGGGAGAGGGACAGGGAGAGGGAGAUGUCCCCCCAGGCGAAUCCCCAGGGCUCAGUGGCGGAGAUCUCAACCAUCGCCAAAGAAGUCGAUAAAGUCAACCAGAUCAUCAACAACUGCAUCGACGCCCUCAAAUCGGAGUCUACCUCCUUCCAACAGGGGAUGAAAUCCCCGUCUUCUGCGGGCGGGGGGGCGGUGUCCACCGCGGAGCCUCAGCUGGUGCUUCUUUCCGAGCAAGGAGAGCGAGAAAGAGGAAGCGAGUUCCUCUCACCGGUGUACAAGGGAGGAAGGGGAGGAAGAGAAGACCGGGGGAGAAGCUAUCAUCACUCUCUGCAGCGCCACCACAGCAUGGAGGCGCCUCCCACCUCCAAGAGGCCCAGCACCUCCUCCUCUCCCGGCUCCGCGCGGAGCCCCCGCUCCUUCCGCUCCGAGGGAGGCUACCACUCGUCGGAGACCCGCUACAUCGAGAGGGCCUCCGGCGGCGAGCGAGGGGAAAGGGGCGGCGGGGGCGGGGAGGCCGCUCGCGGGGUCAACCCCGCCGCGGCCAUCUUGCGAGCCGAGGCCCAGAGAAUCCGCCAGUACAACGAGCACCGUCACUCCUACCCCGGCUCCCAGCAGCACCUCCAGGAGCUGCAGCAGCAGCAGCAGCACCACCCCCAGGUCCUGCAGGACCUCCACCACCACCCAGGCGGCCGUAAGCCCUCCAUGUUGGACCCCCUGACCCUCGGCAGGCAGGCCAAGCAGCGGGAGCUGGCCUACUCCCAGCUCUCGCCGCACUACCCGCUCUCGCCCCAGUACCACAACCUCAGCUACUGCUCCAGCCCGGAGGAGGACGAGGAGGACGAAGGGCUCCUGUGCACCCCGACCCUGGGGCUGUGGGAGAGGUUCAAACUGCACCGCAAGAGGCACCGGCAGGCGUCGAUGGAGGACGAGGGGUACGUGGCGGCCGGACACGCCCUGCGGCGAAAGGUGCAGUUCGCCAAGGACGAGGAUCUCCACGACAUACUGGACUACUGGAAGGGGGUCUCCGCCCAGCAGAAGACCUGAUGCCCCGGUGUGGAGGGACAGAACGCUUCGAAGACGGAAAAUACCAACAACACGGACUGAUACACGAGUGACUUGUAAAUACGCACAAAUACACACGACUUGCAGGAUCUACGGAAUCGGACUGCACACAUAGAUCUACACACACACACACACACACACAAACCACAAACCAAGCCUUUGCUUCUGAGAACACGAAGUUGGACCAAACUAAUAUAUUAUAUUGAACAACAAGAAUUAUAGCUUAUAGAGAUACUGAGUUACGUUUUGUAAUGUAAAACACAUUAUAGCUCAGACUUAUGUAGCUGUUUGUACCACGUUUUGAAUGAAGAAAAAAAACAUAAUAAUACUAAUAAUGAAAAUUAAGAGCAGAAACCUUAAAUGUUGCCAGGCAACCCAUCCUGAACCGCCUGGCUACGCUUUCAAUCUGCCUCGAGACCGACGUUCACCCCACCUGACCGCGGCCGACUGACCUCUCCGGCUGUCGUCGUCGCCGCCGCGGCGAUCCGUUAACAUUCUGCCUGGACGGGAAGCUCGGCGCGCUGCUUUAAAAGGAAAAAAAAAAAAACAUUUUUAAAAGAUCCACCGUUAUCUUUGUACAUCACAGUGACAGACUCUGGAUGGGUCGCCAGGCAACAGUAGUAUUCAACCGUGCUGAGAACGAGUCGGUAGCUCUCACCAGGAAGUGAGCAUAAUGUGCCAAAUCAACAAAGUGCACCAACUUCUCCUCGCCACUGUUUUUAUAGACAGAGUUUAAAAACCUAGAAUGAUAUGUUACUACUUAUUAAUUAUUCUUAUUACAUUACUGGUCUUCUUCUUAUUCCUACGCUCCACAUCAUUAAUACUCAAUAUUGUUUGAACGCGGCUCCGUUGACGCGUGUUGACUGAACCCUCUCAGCCGAGGACGCAAACACCGACAACGGACCAGACUUUUCAGUUCUUCUUUCCUCACCGAAGAGGAAUGUGCUCUCUGCUGAGCCGAAAACCAGGCCCGUCGUUACCCCCCCACCCUCCCCCUCACCCUCCUGAAGAGGGUCCGCUGUACAGAUGAAGUUCUAUAUUUGCAACAGAGGUGACUGUUUUGUUUGUACUCUCUGACAGGGGUACGUUUUGGAUUUUGAAAUCAAACUAAAAAUUCUAAUCU